AUGGCGCCCUCUGGGCUCCUCGUCACCGGCGCCUCCUUCGCUGCUUUCCGGGGGCUGCACUGGGGGCUGCAGCUACUGCCCACGCCGGGAUCUGCCGCCCAGGACCGCUGGAAGUGGCGGAACACUUGUGUCUCCCUGGUGCACAGCCUGCUUACGGGGGCCGGGGCGCUGCUCGGGCUGUCGCUGUACCCUCAGAUGUCCGCCGACCCGAUUCAUGGCCACCCUCCCUGGGCUCUGGUGCUGGUGGCUGUCUCUGUGGGUUAUUUCCUGGCAGAUGGGAUUGACUUGUUCUGGAACCAGACCUUGGGCCAGGCCUGGGAACUUCUUUGUCACCAUGUGGUGGUAGUGAGCUGCCUCAGCACCGCCGUUCUGUCCGGCCACUACGUGGGCUUCUCUGUGGUGUCUCUGCUCCUGGAGCUCAACUCCACCUGGCUGCACCUACGACAGCUACUGCUGCUCUCUCGCCAGGCCCCAUCCCUGGCCUUCAGUGUGACCAGCUGGGCCACCCUGGCCACCCUGGCCCUCUUCCGCCUGGUGCCACUGGGAUGGAUGAGCCUGUGGCUGUUCCAGCAACGCCACCAGAUCCCUCUUGCUCUGGUCAUCCUUGGUGGAACUGGACUGGCCACUGUGGGUGUCAUGAGCAUCAAUUUGGGUGUCCACAUUUUGGUCCGUGAUGUUUUGCGAUCUCGGCCCUGCCCACCCAUCCUUGGAAACAAGGAAACCAGGGGCACCAGGACAGAUUGUGAUGGUGAGUCCAUCAUCAGGGAUGAUUCCACUCUCAGCCUGAAAGACUGA